UGGCAGGAAAAUAGAGUACAUCUGGUCUGAGUGGACCUAAACAAGUCUGCAGAGCCCUUUUCUCUGUGUAAAGCCACUUCCCCAGAAGGUGUGUCCAGACAAUGACAGAAGGGCUAUAAAGGGACCCCAAGAUGCUCAUACCCUCAGCUGCUUUAGGACAUGGCUGUGCAGAGUCUCCUGCAGUACCUGGGCUCCAGCUCGCUGCUCUGUUUGGCAGCAGGGCUGUUUGCUCUCCUUUACUUUCUCUCCAGCUCCAAGAAGUCAGUUUGCAAUUUGCCCCCUGGGCCACGACCUCUUCCUCUGAUCGGGAACCUGCACGUGGUGGACCUGAAAAAGCCAUUCCAGUCGCUGACAGAGCUCUCCAAGAUAUAUGGCAACGUUUUCACGGUGCAUUUUGGACCCAGGAAGGUUGUGGUACUGGCUGGAUAUGAAACCAUCAAGGAUGCCCUUUUAAAUCAUGCUGAAGAGUUUGGAGAGAGGGCAGAAAUACCCAUAUUUAGAAAAAUGACACAAGGAAAUGGCAUAGCAUUCAGCCAUGGAGAGAUGUGGAAAACUAUGAGAAGAUUUACCUUGUCCACACUGCGAGAUUUUGGAAUGGGAAAGAGAACCCUUGAGAUCCGAAUCCUGGAGGAAGUAAAUUCCCUUAUUAAAUAUUUUGAAUCCUAUCAUGGGAAACCAUUUGAUACGAAAAUGAUACUCAACAAUGCUGUAUCCAAUGUCAUCUGCUCUAUAUUGUUUGGAGAAAGGUUUGAAUAUGAUGAUCCAGUAUUUCUAACUUUGCUGAAGCUGAUAAAUCAAAAUACUAAGCUGUUGGGCUCCCCUAUGGUGCAGUUAUAUAACUUCUACCCAUCCCUUGGAUUUCUGUCUGGAGCUUCCAAGACUGUGCUACAAAAUAUCUUUGAAUUGAAUGCUUUUCUCCAGAAGCUUUUCCAGGAACACAAAGAGGAGCUUAAUGAAAACGACUUAACAGGCUUUGUCGAUGCCUUUCUGGUGAAGCAAAACCAGGAGUCAAAGAAACCACACACUGCAUUCAGCAAUGGAAACCUGAUGUUUUCAACCCUGGACCUCUUUGCUGCUGGGACUGAGACCACAUCCACAACUGUGCGCUGGGGGCUGCUGCUCAUGAUGAAAUACCCAGAAGUUCAGAGAAAGAUUCAGGAAGAAAUGAACCAUGUCAUUGAACCAGGAGAGCUGCCUAGGUUGGAGGACAGGAAAAAAAUGCCUUACACAGAAGCAGUAAUACAUGAAAUACAAAGGUUUGCCAAUAUUGUCCCCAUGGGCGUAUCCCGAUCAACUCCCAGAAAUGUGAAUUUCCGAGGCUACGUGAUUCCUAAGGGUACUGAGAUUAUUCCACUGCUGACCUCUGCUCUGAAUGACGAGUUACACUGGAAAACCCCAGAGCAGUUCAACCCUUCCCAUUUCCUUGAUGCCAAUGGGAACUUCAUUAGGAGAGAAGCGUUUAUUCCAUUCUCCAUAGGGCGAAGGGCUUGCCUUGGUGAAGGACUGGCCAAAAUGGAGCUGUUCCUCUUCUUUUCGGGCUUGCUCCGCAAAUUUGUUUUCCAGCCUCCUCCAGGAGUGGAGCAGUCAGACCUGGAUCUCACUGCUGAUGUCGGCUUUACCUUGACUCCCAUGCCUCACCUGGUUUGUGCUGUGCCCUGUGAAUGA